GUUUUUCAAGUUGGGUAAGGCAGGGUGCGUUGUCAGCAGGUGCAAGUCACAACGCGGGAAGGAAUCAUUCUUUGACCAUCAUUUUCCCUGUUUCAUCACUCAUCAAUCAAUCCCUUCCUUUUCUUCUUCGCACAAUCAUCUGCUAAAACGCACGCUUUCGUUAUUCUCUUUGCGCUUAUGUUCUGAUCACCGUUUGAAGUUUGUGUUUUUGCCAUAGUUUACAAUGUAUCCGAAGGUGAAGGUAAGACAGGAGCUGUAUGAAGAAGAUGAAUAUGAGGGUGAUGUAAGGGACCUUGGUUUGAAAUCCUUGUCCUCUUUAUCCUUGCACGCUUCUCCUCCUUCCGUGAAGGGCCAGAAAAUUGUCGCCAUGCCAUCUAUUGUCAAAGUGCCAAAGUGUUAUGUGCCGAAUGUACCAAUUCCACGAGCACCUGUAACUGAAAAUUUUGGGGAUAGCAGUUUGACAUCUGAUUCCUCAGGAUCUGCAGGACCGGAGAAGGAUGGUAGUACUGAUGAGGAUAAAGCAAAUAUUAGGGCCAGUUCGAUUCCACGCCCUCGAGCUGUCAUUUCUAGUCCUGAUAAUGACACAUUGAUCGGAAACAGAAACAGGAUCAGAGAUGGAAGGUUUUCUGCUUCGAAGAACGGUACUGUGUUACAAAAUAGACAUGCACAUUGUAAAGUUAAAUCGCAUGAUGUUGCUGAGGUUCCUCCAGACACCAGAAAAUCCAAGGAGCCUGGGUCUAAGGAAAAAACUGAUCCUGUAGAGAAAAAAAGGGUCCAUAAAGGAAGCGUAAAAUCGGAAAAUGUGCCUAGGAACUGGAAGUUUUAAUUCCAUUGUAAUCUAGGUGCAUGACUGAAUAGCUGAUUGUUGGUAGCCAACAAUCUAUUUUGAUCUUAAUCUAGGAUUAGGGUUCAUUUAAAGAGAAAAGAGAAUAAAACUAUGAAUGCUUUGAUGUAAACAUGCCGACAUGCUUACUAUUUCCUCACUGAUGUUUUAUAUUUACUUGGUGUGUGCAUGUAAGAUUCUUCAAGGAAGAUGCCAGUGCCUGAGAUAUAAUCUACCUUCUUCUCUUUUGGUUCA